AAAACGAAAACAAGAAGAAGGAAAAUGGCCAAACUAAGCCACUCUUGCCGCACUUGGUCGUUUGUUUAGCAGGAAAACAGCGACCUUUUCGAAUAACUGCACGCGUUUUUGUGCUGUUGUGCCUGUAGAGUCCCAGAAAAAUGCCUGGACUGGACAUACCUGUCAGUUUGGCCGAAGUGCUCCAUGUGCGUGGGGCCCCACUGCGGGAAGCGGAGGCCUGGGGAGUCCUCCACUGCAGUGCUGAGCUUCUCCAAGAACUAUUCUUUAAAGGAAAAGCCUUCUCUAGAGAAGGUGCUUGUUUCGUGAUAAGUCCAGAGACUCUACUUCUGAUGCACCAAGGAAGAGUGGCAUUCACCGAGUCCCACAAGACGUCCAUUGACUGCGGCUAUGUGGCACCGGAAAUGUUCGGCAGCCAAGAUGGGACGGCGAUGGGAACAGAAGAGAUGUACAUAUAUUCCCUGGGCAAAACUCUUCUGUAUGCUGUCAAUUAUGGGACCAUUCCUGGCCAGCCCAGCACCUCCAGUGUCAGCAGGUACCUGGUGUCGUUGCUUCAUUCUAUGUCCCAGCAGAACCCGACUGUGAGAGUAGCUUUGGUUCAUGUGCUUGAACACUGCAUGAACUAUGCAGAAAAGCAUUCCAGCAGACUUCCGUGUUCACAUUAUGUGAUGAAACUACACAAGUCCAUUUUCGGAUCCCAUGAAGAUAUCAGCAUGUUGGACACUUACAAUGACAGUAGUUACGGUAGUGACCAGAGUUGUUACAGCACACUGUCCACUAGGUCACGGCGUCGCCGACUACAGCGACGCGAGAGACAUGAUGAAAUGAGGUCACGAUCAAGGUCACGAUCGCGAAGCAGAAGUCGAGCAACUACAGAUUCUGGUUAUAGCGCACAUGCCAGAGAACGCCAGAUGCGAAGGCGAAGAAAUCGAGACGACGACUAUCCACAAAAAGGCCCCUACCACAAACUCGUUCCGCCAUUCCACGAAGAUGUGGAGAACAUCGCUCCGGAACACUUACACCUGAAGACUGCAUUGCGAGACAACUCGAACUGGCAGACGUCUGGUGACCAAGCCGAACCCCCGCCAUACCUCUCGGAGAACACGGGUAACCACGAAUACAAGGCAGCGUACGACAAGUAUGUCCGUCUCAAGUACAGACAGCAGAAACUGCGAGCUCUGCGUCAGGGAAUCGGGGAAGACGAGUGCCACAUGGAUUUGCCAAUCACUCUGGGAGUACCAGUCGAGUCGAACUCCGACACAAAGUCCAUGGCUUCCCUCAUGUCCUACACAUUUGGAAGUUAUCUCCCAGAGUUACACAACAUGUAUGGAUCCGACUGGGCUCUUCAUGUUGGCAGUGACAUUGAUAGUAUUAUGAGCAGUGAGGUUUCCAUGUUUCCGGACGCAAAACCUCUCAGAGCAAGUGAGGAGGCGGUCGCAAGCAGGAUUUCAGACGUUUCAACUCUAAAACCUGUUGUAGAAGAAAAACCAAAGAAAGCAGUACCAGUUAACAGCAAGCCGAAGGAAUAUAUUGGACCUGAAUUUGCUUAUCGGAUUAACAAAACUCCAAUACAGUUGCAUGUUCCACUACAAGGGGAGGGCCACAAGCAUCCAUCUGUGGCCCGCCGGGUGGUGGUGGUUCACGUGACGGGACAGAAGUUUGAGUUGACCUGUGACCCCUCAACAACGGCACGACAGCUCUUUGACACCAUCAUCACUCACAUUGAUCUUCCCGAAUUUUACUUCUUUGGAUUAUCGUAUAUUUCUGAUGGAGAACACUUCUUUAUGGACAAUGACACGAAGCUGCACAAAGUGGCCCCAGAAGGCUGGAAGGAAGGCAAGAGUCACGGCUCCACUGUCGACUUCUCACUCUACCUCCGAAUCAAAUACUAUGUCGACUCUCUCUCAGACUUCAGGCACCGUGAAAGCUACCACCUUCUUUAUCUGCAGCUGCGUCACGAUGUCGUGGAAGAACGCACUCGCUGUUCUGACGAGCAGGCCCUAACCCUGGCUGGCCUGGCCCUGCAGGCCGAGUUUGGUGACCACACAGACCAGACGGCGCUAUCGUUGAACUACUUCAUCCCUGAGCAGUACGUCUCCAGCCACACCAUCAAGAAUGUGGGCAUACAGAGUGUGCAGGAGCGGGCCGCUUUGGCGCAUGCAGACAACUGUGGCAUCGAAGCCAGCCAGGCAGAGAUGAAAUUUAUUCAGUUGGUACAAAAGCUACCUGAAUAUGGGAUUCACUUCCAUAAGCUUUUCAGGUCGAAGAAUGACACCACACACGUUGUCUGGGUUGGAAUAGCCAGUGUGGGUUUGUUGUUGGCCGAGAACCAGGGAUACCGACGCGUGAUUGUCGCUCGCCACGAGUGGCAGUCCAUCAAGAAGAUCUCCUUCAACAAGAGAAGGUUCAGCGUUCAGCCGAAGGAAGAGUUUGCUGGACUGGGCAAGCCGACCAAAACCAACCUGUUCACAAACAACUAUAGGAAGGGACGAUACCUCCUGCAGUUUUCCACAGCGCAGCACAGAUUCCAAAUGCGAAUGAGGAACCGACCGAGUAUUUCCGACACACGCAGAGGUAAUGAUGAUAAAGUUUCGACGUCCACUGACCACGAGACCGUUGUGAAGACUGCCGUACAUGCCAAUGAUGAUGGCUUCGAGUUGCAAGACAAACGGAGCCUCCAGGUGUCCUCCAGUGAGGUAGACGAUGAACCCCCAUCCAAGUGUGGCAGUCCUCCUCCAUACCGACCCGCCCUUAGCCUCAGUCUGGAUGACCUCCGCAGUACAGCGCCACCUGGGAGUGAACGAGGCUGGCUGGCUGACCUCUCGGCAUCUUGUUUUGAUAUUAGGCCUGAUCAGCCACUGCAUGAUACAGUCGCCAUCAACGGGGACCAGACAUCGUCACCUCUCAUCAGUAGAUCUAUGUAUUAUGACCCAUCUCAGCAGAGCAACGAGGAUGGUCGUUCUCCUGAGUUAUCUCCCUUUGCAUCCCGCCAGAUUAUGGAAGUGACACUGGAGAAAGACCCGAGUCAUGGAAUAGGACUCACCAUAGUCGGCGGCGAGACCACUAGCAAGCUUGACCUGGGAAUAUUCAUCAAAACGUUGACGCCUGGCGGCCCCGCGGACACUGACGGGAGGAUUCAACCGGGGGACAGGCUCCUGGCGAUCAACGGACGAAGCCUGGAAGGUGUGCAACACAACGAAGCCGUCCAGCUGAUCCGCAACUCCCCGUCGUCCAUAACACUGCUCGUCUCCCAGGUCAGACUUCCCUGCUCGGUCCGUCGCCGUUCGUUUCAUUCCACACUCGAUUCUGCUGCUGAGAUCGGAAAUUUAGAUCUUGUAGUUAAGACUGGUCCAUCACUUCAUUCCACCCUCGAUUCUGCUGCUGAGAUCGGAAAUUUAGAUCAUGUAGAUAAGACUGAUUUUUCAUCUCUUCAUCCUACAGAAAAUGUUACAAACAUUCCUUCAGAGACUAAGAAUAAACCUGUGCCAAAAGAACGAAGACGUUCGGCUGAUCCUCCUCAUGGAUUAGAUGUGGAUAAGAGUGUCUGCCCGUUAGCUGAUGAGAUGUGCCAGCAGGAGAGUUGUGGUCGAACUGACUCGAUAGUCAGUCACCCAGAUGAAGCUGAAAAUGAAGAGUUGGAGCUUCUUGGAGAAUUGGCCGACAUGGAGUUGAAUGGUGAAUCUUCGUCGGAUUCUGAUUUUGAUACAGCCAUUCAGAAUGCCAUAGAUGGUAAAGGAAGAGCCAAGCCAAGGAAGAGGUCACCUAGUCCAUUGAUGGAGCCCCCAGUAAGUUUUGAGUGGUUGGAAGUCACUCUGGAAAAACAAGAUGGUGUUUUGGGCUUCUCCAUAGAGGGACAGGAUGGGGAUAUAUUUGUCAAAUCUGUGGAUGACACCAAUUGCAACAUUCAACCAGGAGACCAGAUUGUUGCAGUUAACAACACUAAGUUUGAUAACGUGACUAUCGUGGAAGCGAUGGAGAUUCUGGCCGACGCCCCACCGGUGUUUCAGAUGAUGAUCCACCGUGACGCAGAGGAAGACGAGAUUGACCCGGGUGUUUUGGUCAAAGCCAGUCCAUGCAGACUCCAGCCCAGUAAACCAGUGGCUGAACUCUCACAGCGAGACUCCAACAAAGAUCCAUAUGCUUUUGUUACUGAUGACAAAGUUUACGAGGUUGAGUUGUCGAAGAACAGCAGUGGUCUGGGAUUCAGCGUCCAGGGAGGAGCUGGGGUGAACCCGACUGACCCUGUGCUGUGUAUUCCACGCAUCAAGCGAGUCUUCCUGGUGGGACCCGCGGCUCAGAGCGGCAAGAUAAAGAUUGGGGAUGUCAUCCUGGCAGUUAGUGGCCAGGCAGUCCGAGGGCUAUCAUUUUCUGGUUUGUUACAGAAACUACGCUCCACGCCGUCCCCAGUCAAACUGACGAUGUGUCGACCAGACCCUGAUGAUCUGCCGCCAAUUAUUUACUCUGGUAGUGAGACUUCCCUUGACACACUUAUCCACAGUCCCAGUCCUGGUUCUGGUCCCAUGAGCUUCCUGUCUGCCGUGCCGCAAAACGACUCGUACUCUUCAUACUCCGACACCGACAGCGUGUCGCCAAACUCCACCAUGACGACUCCUCGAGACCACACGCUGGUGUCUGCCCCGGAAACAACACCACUGAGGGACGAGCUGGAGGCUAGAACCACAUCCACAACCAACAUCUUGAAUUCUGCGAGAACAGAGCUGGAAAAGCUGAAUCAGUUGUCUGACAAUGCUGAUCAGUCAUCUGUGGUAAAUCAAAGUUCCAACAAGGGUGAUACUGAUGAUGUUGUGAUAGCUGCUGAGCUUAAAAAUGACUCUGAAAACAGAGAUAUUGAGGAUGGGAGUGAUAAUGAUGCUGAUGCUCAUAUUGAGGUUAAGAGUAAUGAUAAAUUUAAGAGUGAUCUUGAGGUCAAAGCUGAUACUGAGGUCAAAGCUGAUAUUGAGGUCAAGAGGAAUAAAGAAUUCAGCAGUGCCAGUCAGAAGUCUUUGAUUCGACAGGGACAUUUGGAAGAGGAUGAUGACAACCCUGAAGAGUUUACUGUUGAAGAGGAGAUUGAUGAACCUGUGGAAGCUGAGAAGUUAUCUCAGUCAAAAGAAAUACCUAAGAGUCAGAUGUCUUCAGAUGAUCCCAGGAUGAGUAGGCGAGAUUCUGACUCAUGUGAGGAAUUUGACGUGACACUUAGGAAGUCUGAAACUGGCGGACUUGGCUUCACAGUAGCCGGUGGUGCCAACACAACUGGAGGCUGCUACAUCAAGGCUGUAGUGUUAGAGCCAGCACUUUCUGAUGGUCGUCUCAGGCCAGGAGAUAAACUCAUUAGGGUGAACAGUGAGGAUGUGAGUAAGAUGAAUCAUUUCGAUUGUGUGACCUGUCUGCGGCGAGCUCCCUCCAUGGUGACCAUUCGCGUCCAGCGUGGCGCCACCAACCAAAUCUCCCCAAUGAAUAAUACAAUGGAUCACCACGGGAGUGAGGGUCGUGCAGAUUCACAGAAGACAAAUAAGCAACAAAAAGAUAUUGUUGUCACAAAACAUUCAGCUAAAUUGCCCGCACAUGAGUUGGAUUCAGAGAGUGUAUGGCAGAGCCCCAGGAAGUCGAUAGUCGCAGUCAAAGAUAGGAUCAGGUCCUUCGAGCAGUCCAACGUCCUCAUCCGCCCCCAUGACUACAAGCAGACAUCUCUUGACAGUCGACACGAGGCCAGUGAUGAGGAGGAGAGGGACACUACUGAUGAAAAACAAACACCAUCUCCAGAGUUUGAGGUUAUUCAAAUAGAGCUGCACAAACCUGACUCUGGAAGUCUGGGAUUCAGUCUGGUUACCACGGAGAUGAAUGGCCAGACUGGGGUGUAUGUUAAGACUAUAAAGCCUGGAGGUGUGGCUGAUUCUGAUGGGCAGCUCAGAGUUGGAGACAAGCUUCUGCAGGUAAAUGGUGAAUCAGUUGUUGGCCUGAACCACAUCAAAACGAUAUCAAUUCUAAAGAAAGCUCCAAGCAGAGUAGUUAUUAAUGUAUCCAGAUCAUCCGUCGACCCUCAGUUCAUGUCAGAUGACAUUCACAGCAUUACCUCCCAGACCUCUAGUCAGGAGUCUCACAGAAGUGGACGUAGCAGCAAUGAAGAACCACCAUCUCGGUCUAAAGACUCAACUGGUGUACAACAUAACAAGAUGUCUCCUGAACAACACGAUGCAUCAGACGAAGACAUAGAUUCCAUCGCAGACGAAGCUGAGAACUAUUUAAAAGACAAUGGACCGUUUUCUGACAGUUCGCUGAUGUCACCGGCCAGCACUUCUCUAGAUAAAGGGGCUGAAAAUCAAAAUAUAGAUAACAAGGGAGAUAAGCAAGAUCAGGCAGCAGAAGUGUAUGUAUCGCCAAGGAAGUUGCCCAUCAGAAUUCCGCAGACCAUAACCUCCGACUGGCUGAGUUCCCUCCCUUUGUUGUCGAUGAGCGAAGAUGAUGAAGAUGAGAUUCUUGAUCAGCUGCAGAAACUUGCGGCAAAAGUGGAGGAAGGAGAGGCAUUUGAUGAGUUUAUGACUCUUCGUCAAAUAAAGAUGGUGGAUGAGAGUGAAGUUGCUAGACUGCCAGAAAACAAACCAAAAAACAGAUACCGAAAUGUUCUUCCAUAUGACUCGAACCGUGUCUGCCUGUCUUCUGAAGAAAGCUACAUCAAUGCCAGUCACGUGAAGGUGAAGGUCGGUGGUGAUCUGCUCCAUUACAUCGCCUGUCAGGGUCCGCUGGCCUUCACGGCUGACGACUUCUGGCGCAUGAUCUGGGAGCAGCAGUCUAAUGUCAUCGCCAUGGUAUCACUAGAUGUGGAGGCCAAUAAAGUCAAAUGCUACCGAUACUGGCCAGAUUCGACCGAUGUUAUUUUGCCAGUUUGUAAUGACACGUUACAGGUGCAGUUGAUGUCGAUUUAUCACUUGGAGAAUAUCGACAUCCGCUAUUUCUCCAUAAGGGAAGUGAAGACUGGCAGACAGUUGAAUGUGUGUCAUCUGAACUACACGACCUGGCCCGACCACGGUGUUCCUGAAACGGCCGUGCCCCUGCUGCAGUAUAUAAGACUGCUCCACAUUCUACAAACCAGCGGUCCCAUCGUCAUCCACUGCAGUGCUGGAAUCGGGAGAACCGGUGCUCUGAUCACCAUUGAUGUAGUUCUGUGCCAUAUUGAGCACCAUCUUCAAUAUAACAUUUUCGAUAUUGUUUGUGAUCUGCGCAAACAGAGACAUGGGAUGAUUCAAACAAAGGAUCAAUACUUGUUUUGCUACACUGCCUGCAUGGAGGCACUUCUCAGUCAGACGAGCUGAGUGGAAUAAUAUCCAGACAGUGAAAUCCAUCCAGUUUUACCAAAGAACCGUCCAUAUAUGAGGCUUGUAUAGCCUGUUUUACACUCUUUACAGUUUGUAUAAUGUAGUCGUGGGGUAUAUUUUGUUUCAUUCCCAUGUGAUUCAUUAUGUAUUAAUAGUGCUCUUAUAUCAGUAUUAAUAUAUUUAAAUGUCAAAUUUAUCAUUUAUGAACAAUGUACGGUGAGAUUUCAACAUGAAAAGAGUUGAGUACCAAUGAGAAUUAAGUACUAAGCACGAAGGUGACUAAGGAAAUUCAUUUUGAAGAAUUAACGUUUGCUUUCCACAUUACCUGUCCUCAAACAAGUGCAAACUGUAACAAUAUGUAGGAAGAAUUCCCCACAUAAUACAAGCAAUAAAGAUACGAAAAACGAUAAAUGACUCCGAAUAAAUCAGAGCCAAAUAAAAAGACGUCCGAACCAAACAGCGAAGGAAAAAAGAAGGAAGUUACAGUGACCGGAACUAGAGGGAGCAUACAAUAGAAGAAUUUAGGCCAUCCCAUUGGCUUUUGGGAUGUUCGGACCAGACUACUAGCCAUAGGGGGGAGGGGGUAGUGCACUUGUUUGAGGACAGGUAAUGUAUCAUUAAAAGAAAACACCUAAGUUUUCUCCAUUUUAUUUACAUCUAUUUUUGUGUACAUUUUUGUAAUAUGCACAGAAAUGUUUCAAAGCGUUUACGAAUGUUGAGAAAUGCCAUGUGCAGGUAAACAAGCACGAAUAAUAAACAUUUGAAGUUACUUCGAGAUUUAUUUCUGAGUACCACCUCUGGGGUUGAAUCUUUUGCUAGAAACACUAUUAAAAUGUUAUCCCUAAUGAGUAACUAGAAAUGUUAAGUGCUUUUAUUUUAUAUUGUAAGCUUAUUUUGUAAGCUAUUUGUUUUGACCUCCAAAAAUAUUUGGGAUUGGAUAUAUAGUCAUGCACAUGCCUGUCCCUUAUUUAUACAUACACAUGUACAUGACUCAGAACAUUUAGUCUUAGGGUCUUGAAUUGUCUAAAUUUCAUUUUAAAAAUCUGUUUAUUGUGAUAUUAAAAAAACAAAAACAACUUAUUUCAGAAGCACUGGUAAAACAAGUAGAAUCAGUGAUAAGAAUUUUUGUCGUUGAUAACUGUCAACAAUGGUAAAUCAGUUGGUUAAAAAAAAUAAGAUUUAUCUCCCUACUGUAAUAACACAGCCUGCAGCCAUAUUGUGUAAACAUUAUUUGCGGCUGUAAAAAAUGUAUAGCUGUUUAUCUCGGUGGUUACAUCUAUGCUACAGUGUAUUGUUAGAUCUGAUGUGCUUAAUUUUUAUUUCAUUUAUGUAAAGAACUCGUCAUGUAACCAUGUAUAGAGGACACUUUUUUCUCAAAAAGACCUAAAAAAGAAGAAAAGUUUGUGAUAAUUUAUUAAUUUAAAGGGGCGGUCUCAAAGUUGCAUAAUGACCAAAAAUAUAUUUUAAUUUUUGUUGUAAAGUAUAACGAUUAUACCUUGAAUUAUGUGCCAAUAUUUUUUUUUUAAUUACUGCUAUUUAUGAAUUUAUUUUAUUGAAAAAUAAUAAGGUGGAUUGACAGAGGUAACCAAUAUUUUUGACUAUUUACAGCAUAUAACAAUUUUUAUAUUCGUCAAAUUAAUUAUGCAAAGAUUAUAUGUGAUAUUGAUUAAUUUGUGGUUGUUUAUAUCAGAAAUAUAACAAAAGUAGGGAAAUAUGGCACUUGCAACUUUGAGAAGCAUCUUUAAUUUGUGUUUGAUUAGUAUUCCAUUUACUGAUAUUCACAACUUUACAGGUACUGUUAUUCAGGACUGAGAAAUUUCUGACAGUUUCUUUAUCAUGAUGUUUUUUUCUUGACUUGUGCAGAUCUGUUCGAUUUGAAUAAGGUUUUAUAUACCAAUAUAAUUUAAGACUUUUUGUCUUUGAAGUCUGCGUACAUAUAUUUAUUUAUCAGUUUUCAGUUGAUAUUAUUUUAUUAUUCAAUUGGUGCAAUAUAUAACCACUGAAUGCCUAUUUAUAACCAAAGUAGCAUUUAUGAUAUCUGCGUGCAGAUUGGUUUCUGUGAUAAAAUAACUAAUUUGUCUAGUCUGCUUUUAUUAAUUUAGUUUAAUUAUUUUACUUAUUUAAUUUACUUACUUAACAAGUUUUCUUUUGUAUUUAAAUCACAUAAUAAAGUUUGCAUAAAAAUCUUGAAAUAAUUUGUUUGGAAUGAAGUGCAGAGGUGUUAAAACAUGUAUGGGGAAAAGUUACUCUUCAUAAUUUAUUAUACCUAAAGACAUCUGUGAUGUUGAAGAUUUAUGACAUAAUAUAAAACAGAUAAUGUUCAUGCAUGUCCCGCGUGUCUUCUUGUUUUACCAAGAAUUAAUUGUGAUAGUGAAUACAGAGGGUGCCAAUCAGUGAAACUUUGAUCUGAAUUUAUGAAAAGUGAUCAUCGCAUGUUUAUUUUAAAUUAGUGUGAAGUCUUAAAUGUAGAGAAAACAAAACUUGUUUGCAUGUGACUAAACAUCUGCAUUUAUUAUAAAAAAAAGUUACACAGCUGUUUAGGAAAGUUAUAUAUAAUAGAUAAAAACGUUUCGUAACUAUAUAGGCCAAAUUGAAAAAGAAAAUUGUGAGAAAGGGUACAGAGUGCAGACCAUGUGAAGAAUAUGCUUGGGUAGCCAUUUGAAAAUAAACCAUAUACAUGUACUAUUAAUAUAUAUCAAAACACAUUUUGGUUUUGUAACACUAACUGCAGUAAUACAUUACAGAUAGUAUAUAUUUGUUUAACUAUUUCGAAAAGCAUUAUACCAUAUAACUGUUUUUACAAUACCUCAGACAUUUACAGUGAGUGUUUGGGUUUCUCGAUUUGUUUGUAGUCAUUUUAACUGUACAUAUUUCUGUAUAUGUAUUCCACAUCUUCAUGUAUACACUGGGUGAAAGUAAUAUCAAAAGGGUUCAAGUACAUCUAUCUUUUAUGUAUUUAUUCAUUGUACAUGUAACUAAUAUAUUUGUCCAAUCAUUAUAUUUAUUAUAAAUGCAAAUAAAAGUAAAAUACUCAUUA